AAGGAUACGGAAGGGAGGAAGGGGUGAAACAACGCCCGGGAAAUGAAGCAAAUUACUUACUGACAUCUGGAAAUGUCAAGACAAUAUCUUUAAAGAUGUAUCAAGUUUUUGUCUUGCUCUGGGCAGCUUGCGCUCUACUAGUUUUGCAACUCGAAACUUCAUGAGUUCCCGCGGGCUGGGCCAAACACAGUCUUGAGCGAUAUGCAUCAGCUCCCCUGUCAAUCGGGUUACUUUGGGAGUUUUCUCGGGUUCAAAAGGACAGCAGAUGCCACGCCUUUUCUUUUAAUUCAACCUCUCAUCUCGACCGUCAAGUCUUCACUCAUACAUCUGAGCAUAAUACAUACUGAAGCCAAGAAGCGACCUCAACUAUGAGCAUUCCCGCGAAAAGGAAGGCAGCUUCGCCGGCACCUGAAACUCCGGCCCCCGCUGUGCCCAAGACGAAGACGCCGACUCCUGAUCCCGUAUCUCCUACUCCUGUGUCACCAACAGCUGCUGGUGAAGCCUCUGAGCCGGCUGAAAACUUCACUGGCGCACACUGGCUUCAACAAGGGUUACCGGAACCGGAUGAGACAGAUUCUACCCUAGGAAGUGACAUCGAGAGUUCGACUGCCUCAAUCUCCUCGAGCAUCCUCAACUACCGGACUAUUAACGGCCGAACCUAUCACAGCGAUGCAGUAACGAAUGGCGAAUAUUGGGGUCCCAAUGAUCCCAAGCACCUCGACGCCCUGGAACUCUUUGCGCAUGCUACCGAUCUGAUGAUCGGUGGAAAGCUGCACUUUGCGCCCAUCACAAAGGACAUCAAACAUACGAUCGACAUUGGCACAGGUAUAGGGCUGUGGGCAAUCGACUUCGCGGACGAAUAUCCCCAAUGUGAAGUUAUCGGCACGGAUAUUUCACCUGUCCAACCAAGCUGGUGCCCACCCAACCUAAGCUUCGAAAUCAACGACGCUUCUAAGGAGUGGACUUUCAAACCCGACCACUUCGACUACGUCCAUAUCCGAUUUUUGAAUGGUGCCAUCCCCGACUGGGCAGAGCUGUAUAAGCAGGCAUAUCGGGUUUGCAAGCCAGGCGGUUGGAUUGAACACCUCGACCUCUCAUCUGUUCCAGUCUCUGAUGACGACUCUAUUGCCAAGGGGUCAGCACUGGAGCAGUACGGGAUUUUGUUCAAGGAAGCUGGAAAGCGCCUAGGGCUAACCCAGACCAUCGCCGAGGAUAACCUGCAGGAAAAUGGGUUGAAGGCGGCUGGAUUCGUGAAUCUGGCGGUGAAGGAGUUCAAAAUGCCGGCCUCGCCUUGGCCACAGGACCAAAACUUGAAGAACGUUGGACUGUUCGUCAACACUGCAAUAUCUGGAGAUAUCGAGGGCAUCAUCCAGUACGUGUGCGGUAACGUUAUGGGAUGGUCGCAAGAAGAGAUGGCGAUCUAUAUAGCCCAUCUGCGUAAGGAGCUUAAAGACAAGAGCAUCCAUGGGUAUUGGAGGUGGAAGCUUGUGUAUGCUCAGAAGCCAUUGGAGUAAACUGCACGCACGGAAAAGAUAGCAUAGGACGGGAAGGGGGGCAACAAUUGAAGGAAGCAGAGAUAGGCUGAAUCUGAGGCGGUGAGAAGGGUUGCGGAUUGGUCUUUGAAUGUCCUCAAGAUAAAACCCUUCAAGAGAUAUCAGAUUUGGGUCAUCCACAUGAACUUGACUUGUAUUAUUUGGCUACAUACCUGAAGCGGACAAACGUGGACGUUUCUCAUCUUCAAUGUUGUCUAUCAACCCGUAUCGAGGUCUCUGGCUCUGAGUAUCAUACGUUCUCUUCUCAACUGUCUCGGAGUACUGUAACUCUCACGGGCGACACUGGCGCGUAUACACCUGCAC